AUGUCUCGCCGAUCAAAUCGAAGUAUCGCUAAAACAGGGAGUGACUCGUUGCCGGCUUUUCAAACCGAGAAGAAAUUCGAGCGGAAUGGUGAAUACACAAAUCCACACAGCGCCUUGCAUACCCAAUCAGAACAUUCGACUGGCAGUACGUCUGGUGUUGCAAGUACCGAUGUAUGCGGAGGAAAUGCAAACGAGCAGGCUGCCCUCGGCGACGAUGAAGAGAAGGCAGAUAGCGAGGAGGAAGCUGCAAUUGCCCCGUCUGAUCUAGCCAUCUACGAUCAGGCGGGGCGUACUUCCCUACCAGCUAACACACCUAUACACGCAAUCGAAUCUGUGGCGCUGCCAAAUGAACAUGAUCAAAUGUCUGACGAUGAAAUCUACAACGCAGUUGAUCUCAUAAGUGAAUCGGAUGACGACAACACUGAAAGACAAGAAGAAGACAUGAUCCUCGAUGACUUUACCCAUGGGUUUCUCGAGCCAUUUUCUGACGAUUUUAUUGAUGAAAACCUUGACUCGACCCUUUCGCAAGACUUCUCAUCAUUCGAUGGGCCGAUGAUAGACCCUAACAAUGAUUUUUCCGCUUCAGCGGGAUUGAGCUUGGAUCAUGUAUAUUCGCCUUCGCCUUUUCAAUCACUACCUGUGACUCCUACAUCACGGAAGGUACGGUUUGAUGACCCCAACACAUCGCUCACGGACCCUGCAACAAAUCAAGAGCACGGUCUUGCUCAUUACGCAAGUAAUUUAGAGAGCGAAGACAUUGAAGACAGCUCUGGCGUAGGCAUGAGUGGAUACGAAACCGAGGGCGAGACUACUGACGACGAAAGCAUCCCUCAUUUCGUGACCAAAUCGCCCCGGGCCCUCCUCCACCAGCCUUCCUGGAAUGAGGAACGUUUGUCGUCACCAAUUUCUCAAAGACGCCGUAAACGACGUUCCGGCCCCAAGCUUGGAACCUUCACGGUUGAUCCUAACAGGUUUUUGGGGCAAAGUAACGAGCAUGAUGAGUUUGUUCUCCUCAUGCCUGACAGGCAGACAGAUCAAUCAAAGGUGCCCAAUGACAACCCUAAGUUUCAAAAUGUUGAAGGAGCACGAAUCUGUCCUCCUCACCUUCAACCCAUUCCAGUUGAGACUCAGCCUGCCCCCGCGGGUUAUGUUGAACUUCCUGGCGCAACCAGUAGCGCAAGCACUGACGGAUUCAUGGCGCAUAUACUGGAGAGUACGGGAAAUAGCGACCACCCAACUCCUAGACCUUUUGACGCGAUGUCGGCGGAUUUCAUUGCGACAAGCGACCUCGACGAGAUAGAGUUUGCAACAAAUGCCAUGGCAACGAGCGAUCAAGAAUCUGAUGACAUUGGGGGAAUGGAUAUCGCCAACCUCCUGGAACUUACCAAUGAUUCCUCGGAGUCAGGCGGCGAGGCGGAGUGUCUUAAGCUUCGCGACAGCACAAUGGAUGACAACGAUACCGGAGGCAACGGUCUGCCAAAGUACAAAUUGGAACCUCUGAUGACUCCGGGUCCUUCACAACCUCGACGAUCACCUCUCGGUGGAUUAGCGCUGACAAUACCUGACACAGGGCAAAGCAGUGGAUCAGGGAGUAGGAAGCGAACUCUGAGUGAUUCCCUACAUACUACUCCUCGGCAUGCUGUACGAGUAUGUCGGUGA